AUGGACGGAGCGCGGAGCCUCCCCCGGCUGCUGCCGCUGCUGGCCCUGACCCUGCCCCCGAUUCUGGGGGUCCAAGUCCAGCACAGCAUCAUCCAGACCGAGUUCUUCCAGAAGUCCCUGGAGCCGCUGGUCGAGAGCGACGAGUUCAUGUUCGACUUCGACGGCGACGAGAUCUUCCACGUGGAGAAGGAGGAGACGAUGUGGCGGCUGCCCGAGUUCCAGGAGUUCGCCAACUUCGAGGCGCAGGGCGCGCUGCAGAACAUCGCCAUCGACAAGCAGAACCUCGAGAACUCCAUGGCCGCCUACAACAACUCCAGGAUCGCCCCCGCGCCCCCGGAGGUGGCGGUGUUCCCCAAGCACGUGGUGGAGCAGGACGAGCCCAACAUCCUCAUCUGCUCGGUGACCAAGUUCUGGCCGCCGGUGCUGGGCCUGGCGUGGUUCCGGAACGGCGCGCGCCUCACGCAGGGCGUGCUGGAGACGCCCUUCUACCCCGACCGCGACUUCUCCUUCCGCAAGUUCUCCUACCUGCCCUUCAUCCCCCAGCCCGGAGACUACUACGACUGCAAGGUGGAGCACGAGGGGCUGCCGGCGCCCAGCAAGACGCAUUGGGAACCCCAAAUCCAGGCGCCGGCGUCCGAGGCCACGGAGACGGCGAUCUGCGCCCUGGGCUUGGCCGUGGGCAUCGUGGGCAUCGCCGCCGGCACCGUCCUCAUCAUCCGCGGCAUGAAGCUCGGCCGCGCCCGCCCCGAGCGCGGCAUGCUCUGA